UGUCCCUCUGUACCACAGUUAGUCAGAGAUGCUGUUCUUUCUUUGUCAUGUCCCUCUGUCUCAUCAUUUCAAUGUCUCCUUCAUCAUCUCACUCUAACAUACCAUACCACUGCACAAAUGCUACCCAUCACACUCUCUCACUUGUUGUGACUACUGCAACCGCUCCAUGCAUCUUUUCUCUCUCAUCAGAGUAAAAUUCAUAAACUAAAUAACUCGCUUUCUCUCACUCUUUUCUGUCUUCAUUAGUUAAUGAGAAAGAUAGAGCUACCAAAAAGUAGUGCUGCAAAAUUUAUGGUGUGAUGAUGGGUGUUGAAGCCACAGCUCCAACGGUGGCACCCUUCAGAUCAGACCAUUGGAAGCAAUUUGAUGAUUCGGUGAAUGCCGUGGCUUUUGGGUUUGUUGCCACUGCCAUCCUCAUUUCUAUGUUUCUUCUUCUGGCUAUCUUUGAGAGGUUUCUUAGACAAAGAUCAAGUGCUGCAACUCCGAUAGAUCUUGAACACCAAAUCGACCGCGGUGGAAAGUUGGAAAAUCUAUCACCCAAGAUGAGCAUUUAUGGAAGAGGUGUACUAGUGUUGAUGCCUGGAGAGCAGAUUCCUUCGUUCAUUGCACUUCCUGUUCCUGCACCAUGUCGCCGCGAACCCAUGUCAUGGCCUAUUCAACACAGUUCAUGUUUCCUUCCACCUUUAGCAUCAAUGGCAGACAUUAAUUAACCUAACAAGUAACUAGAAUAUGAUGUGUUUCAUCGUCCCUUUUGAACUGGGGCAAGAAUUGAGGUCAGAAGUCAUAGUUGAAAUCAUUUUCCUCUCUGAUCAAUUAGGUGAUUCUACUUAGAGAUAUUAUAGAAUAUGUGUAUUAUUAGAUUUGAGCUUAGUUAGAAGCAAUUAAUCAACUCUAAAACUUGACUCGGAUCUAACAAUUUGUACAUAUACGAUGUUAAACAAUUGCAUUGUAAUUUCCGAUGAAAGUGUCUUCCAAAAAGCAUGAAAUUUUGAGAAGUUACCUUUUCCAAGGAAGUUAUGGUUAAAGUUAGAUGCCUUUUGUGAGUUAUCAUGCUGAGUUGCGUGGUGCUCAAGCUGUUCAUGGAUUUGUUGUUUUGAGAUCA